AUGAGAAAAAGAUGAUGAACCUUAUACCCCGGAGACGGGAGACAGAAUUUGAAUCUCCUAUAGACGACUCCGACACAGAUCCGACAUAUGACCCAAAACAAGAGUCUGCACGGAAAGGAAGACGUUUCCGAUCCUUGCUGAUAGAUUCAUCUUCUGGAUCUUCAAGAAACAACUCCUUCAAAACGCCAUCCAUUACUGAGAAACGUGUGAAGAAACCAAUCAUCAUCCUCGAAAAUAUUCUUUUGAAAAGCGAAAUUAAAUCAAGUAGUACUACAAGUCUCGCUAAGGAAAUCGAUAGGCAUCCCUCUACCUCCAGUAAACCUUAUGAAGAAGGAAAUGAUGUUGAUAUACAAUUGGAAUCAAAAAACCUUAGCACUUCCAUUAGCGACAUCGAGCCCAGUACUUCUCACAGUACUCAAGUAAAAGAAAAAAAAAUUCAUAUUCGAAGUAUACAAGAAAACGAGAUUAUUGUUACUUUUGUGGAGACGAAGUACUCAAUUUCGCUAGACACCUCCAAAGAAACCAUUCCCAUGAAACUGAAGUGAUCCGCAUUAUGUCCCUAGACCCCAAGUGCAAAGAGAGAAGGGAUCGCAUAAAUACAUUGAGGAAACGAGGUAAUUAUAUAAGAAAUUCCCAAGGAUUCUUCAAACCAGUGAGGUCGCCCGUUUUGAAAGAUCGAAAUUCAUUACCAUGUUCUAAUUGCCUUGGUUUUUACUCAUCCAAAUUAUUGUAUAGGCAUAGGAAAAAAUGUGCUGGUGGAAGCACAGUAAGUGCACAAGCAGAUGGGCAGAAUAAUCUGAUCAAUAAUAUUGCUGGUCGUAUCGAUACUCGACUGAAAAAUGAAGUGUUUCCUAGGAUGCAACCCGACAAAAUUAGUAUGGAAGCAAAAAAGGAUCCACUUAUUUGUGCAUUCGGUGCACAGUCACAGUACCUAAAAAUACAUCGAGAAAAACACUUUAUAAAUGUUACUUCCAGGAAAAUGAGAGAAUUAUCAAGGCUUCUCUUGGCUUUGAAGGAAAAAGAACCUAAGAUAACCAGCUUAUUUGAUGCA